AUGGAUGUGAAAUCUCAAGUACUUGAUGUUCUAAAGAUGGAAAAUCAGAAUGAUCACUUUGAUUGGUUGUAUUCUGAACAAGAAUACCCUCCUUCCACCUUCGGAACAUUGCAACAAGAUUCAAGAUUGUCCAAUGGUGGCUUAUUGAACUUUGAAUUUGAUCCAUUUGAAUUACCCAAUGAUCUCCAAAACAACAACUUGCCAUAUUUUGGGCUUGAAGAGUUUGAAGAAAUAUGCCAAGAUUUGGGCUCAUUUGACUUGAAAUCACUACCAUCUCAAUUCCAAGAAGACAAUAAUACCCUCAUUAUUCAUGAUGCAAAUGUCAAUGUCAUGCCUCAGAACGUGACACAUGACACUUUAGGCGAAUCUCAAGUUACUACUCCUGCUUUUUAUGGUGACUCGAUGGAGAUUAUUCAAAAUCGAAAUAAUAAUAGGAGGCAUAAAAAGAGCGAUACGUUGGAAUUGGAAGAAAUACAAAGGUAUUUUCAUGUACCAAUAACAAAAGCAGCAAAAGAGUUGAGAGUUGGAUUGACAGUUUUGAAGAAAAGAUGUAGGGAACUUAAUAUAAUGAGAUGGCCUCAUCGUAAACUCAAGAGCUUGCAAACUCUAAUUCAUAACGUUAAGGAAAUGGGACUUACAAGUGAAGUGGAAAUGCUGGAAGAGCAUCAAAGGAUGGUUGAAAGAGUGCCUGAAAUGGAACUAACUGAUAGAACUAAGAAGCUAAGACAAACUUGUUUCAAGGCUAAUUACAAGAAAAGAAGGGCUUCCAUGGCCAUGACUGCUAAUUUUUAUUAA